CCGACGGCACAAUCACUGCAUCGGCUCGCGCUCACGUUAUAACUGGUUGAACCUUCACCUUGCGCGCGACUGUAGGCUCGUUUAGCCUGCUGCGCUGUUUUACAUCACUGUGAGUGUGUCGUCGUAAUUGAACGGUGUGCUCGAGAAGCUGAACAAUGACGGAUACAGAAAUCGUGUCUCCCAGCGCAUCGGCGCUCGAGGUCAGCAUCAUCAAGCAGGUGGAGUACUAUUUUGGCGACUUCAACUUGUCCCGCGACAAGUUCCUACAGGGCGAGAUCAAGCUGGACGAUGGCUGGGUGGCGAUUGAAGUUCUGCUGGCAUUCAACAGGCUCAAGCGCCUCACCGAUAAGGGAAACGUCGUCGUUGAGGCACUCAGGAAGUCCACCAGCCAGCUCUUGGAGAUCAACGACGACGGAACCAAGGUCCGUCGCAGUCCCGCCAGGCCGGUGCCCGAGAACAGCGAGGAACACAAGAAGAAGUUGGAUGAGCUGAGCGUAUUCGUCAGGGGCUUUCCGCCCACUGCCACCAUCGACGAGCUGCUCGAAUUUUUCGGGCAGUUUGGUGACUGCGUCGGCGUCUUCAUGAGGCGCUACCGCAACACGCGUGCGUUCAGGGGCUCAGUGUUCGCCACCUUCUCGACGAAAGAAGAAGCCGACGCGUUCCUCGCCAAGGAGAGCGUCAAGUUCGACGACAUGGAGCUGACGCGGUUCAUCAAGCAAGGUCGCCAGGCAAGGCAGGACGAGAAGGCCAAGAAGGAGGCCGCCGAGAUGGAAGUGGAAGGCGGCUACGCCGAUGAGCCGGAAAUUGUGCUCGGUUGCCUGCUGCGCAUCAAAGGACUCGGCCAGGACACAACGUGGGAGAGUGUGAGAGAAGCCAUCGAGCCGUUCGCUAAAGUUGCCUUCGUCGAUUACCCGAGGGGCCAAACCGAAGCGGUGCUUCGUUUCGUCGAGGAAGGCUCGGCGAAAGCCGUCUUAGCCAAGCUGGACUCGCAUGGAAAAGGCUUGAACAUAGAUGGUAACGACGUCACAGCCGAGGCCCUCGAAGGAGACGAGGAGGUCGAGUAUUGGAAGAAAGUGGCAGCCGCUAAGCGAGUUAAGUGGAACCGCUUCAAGAAGCGUCGUCGUGGUCGCGGCCAGGGGCAGGACCAGGGCAAGAAGCGGGCCGCGGAAGACGGUGCUGAUUUAAAAACAUGCCCCUGUUGAUCCAAUCGAACUUCCGCUCCGUUUCAAGAUCUUCACUUCUUGUAGAGGUUAGGUUAGGACAGGCCGAAUGCGAACCAGUUCCACAGGACCACUCCUGCUCUUGAGUUCUCCUUUAAGGAUCGACCUGGCUGGCGUACGUACUACCACAUCUGACCGGAAUAACACAUACCGCACUGAUAUCACAUUAAAAGCAUUUAGUCUGCUAAUAUUCACACUGAGCCUUAUCGUACCAAAAAGCGACGUGCUUGCACUGUAGGUAAGCGAACAUAUAAUGGAAAGCGAACCAACGGGAUUCAGAUUAAGUGCAAUGUCAUGGCAAUAAAGUAUAACUUC